CUCUCUCUCUCUCUCUCUCUCAUGGCAUGUAAUCUAAUCCAAUGUCCUUUCUCUUCUCUCUUCUUCUUAUCCUCCACUGGUACUGGUGUGAUUGAUCGCUUGGUCUACUUUCAUCCUCAACCAAAAAGCACGCAAAGCAAAAGUAUUCCUGCUCACUAAUUUCAUAUAAAACCCAGAAAAAAAAGAAGAAAACUGUCGAGAAUUAAGCAUAUACAGAGAAGAAGAAGAAGAAGCUCGAUCGACACAGUCUCGUUGUUUUGUUUCUCUCUAAAUUCAUGCGAAACUGAAAAAAAAGACUCUGAGAUGAAGCAUAUAGAGAGAGAGAUUAGUGUUGUGGAGUAGAUUGGUUUUUCUGAGAUAGCGCGUUUCAAUGUCUGGCCAUGGGGAAGGCACGACGUUGGAGUACACUCCCACUUUCGUUGUCGCUGGCGUCUGCACCGUCAUCGUCGGCAUUUCUCUCGCCGUCGAACGCCUCAUUCACUACACCGGAAAGUAUCUGAAGAAAAAGGACCUGAAGUCUCUCUACGAAGCUUUACAGAAAGUAAAAGAAGAGUUGAUGCUGCUAGGGUUCAUUUCACUGCUUCUGACUGUACUUCAAAGUAGUAUUACCAAGAUAUGUGUGAAGGAGGGCUUGACCCAUCACUUCCUUCCUUGUAAAUUAGUCUCCGAAGGAGGAGAGUCUUCUUCUAAUUCAACUGGAGCAACUUCCCAUUAUCAACGUUUGCUAGCUGAAGCAACUUCAGGGACUGGUUACUGUGCCGGAAAGAAGAUGGUCCCAUUGUUGUCUGUUGAAGCAUUGCAUCAUCUACAUGUCUUUAUCUUCGUGCUAGGCUUUGUCCAUGUGACAUGUACUGUUCUCACUGUUGUAAUUGGAACGGCAAAGAUACGUCAAUGGAAACAUUGGGAAGAUUCAAUUGCAAAAGUUAAUUAUGAUACGGGACAAGUUCUGAAACCAAAGCUCACUGAUGUCCAUCAACAUGCCUUCAUCAAGGGCCGGUUUCUGGGUUUUGGUAAAAAUUCUGCUAUUUUGGGCUGGUUGCAUUCCUUUUUAAAGCAAUUUUAUGGGUCUGUCACCAAAUCAGACUAUAUUGUACUGAGACUUGGUUUUGUCAUGACACAUUGCAGGGGAAAUCCAAAGUUCAAUUUUCACAAGUACAUGAUCCGUGCUUUGGAAGAUGAUUUUAAGAAAGUCGUUGGUAUAAGUUGGUAUUUAUGGAUAUUCGUGGUCGUCUUCUUGUUGCUGAAUGUUAAUGGAUGGCAUACAUAUUUUUGGAUAGCUUUUGUUCCUUUGAUUCUUCUACUUGCUGUGGGAACUAAGCUGGAGCAUGUAAUCACCCAGUUAGCUCACGAGGUUGCAGAGAAACACAUUGCAAUUGAAGGGGAAUUAGUAGUGCAACCUUCAGAUAAUCAUUUUUGGUUCCAUCGGCCCCCCAUUGUGCUCUUCUUGAUACAUUUCAUACUGUUCCAAAAUGCUUUUGAGAUAGCAUUUUUCUUCUGGAUAUGGUUGCAAUAUGGCUUUGACUCCUGCAUAAUGGGACAUGUCCGUUUUAUUAUCCCCAGGCUCAUUAUAGGGGUAUUUGUUCAAGUACUGUGCAGUUAUAGCACCCUACCACUCUAUGCCAUUGUGACGCAGAUGGGAAGUUCAUUCAAAAAGGCAAUAUUUGAUGAUCAUGUGCAAAAGGGUCUUGUGGGUUGGGCUGAGAAAGCAAAGAUGAAGAAGCACUUGAAGACAGCAACUAAUGGUUCGGGCCAAGGCAGCUCAACUGCUGCUUCUAUAAUGGGAGUUCAGAUGGGAAGAGUUGCUGGCAAGGGAUCUGCACCAGAGGAGAUUCAGCCCACAGCUGGUUCUUAAGUACAUUGAAAUGAGCUACUGAUAUACUGGAAUAUAUUUGUAGGCACAGGCUUGUCUCUUAUGUAUAAAUCUGGUUGAUUUUGUAGAACAAUCGCAGUUGCGAUGUAGGAAUGUUUUAUAUUGGAGUUAAUUGUAUGUCACCAUGUGUGUAUUUUGUGGGCUUAACGGAGAAUUAUAUUGUGCGAAUUCAAAUUAUGAUUUUUUGUUUUUA